AUGCUACAUUGUUUUCACUUCGCUGCCAAAGUAAAAAUCAAGCACGAUGUUAUUAUUAUCGUUAACGGUGUUGUCGUUGGGUUGUCAAGGAGUUUGCAGACACUAUGGAAAGUCGCCGGGUUCGUAAAUUCACUAGGAGGCAAGGUGAAAAAGGCCUAUGACCUCCAGAAGGCAUUUACAGACGAUGGCAGCGAGAAAAUCGAAGAAAUAUUGAGCAAAGUGGCUGAAGUAUCCGAUCAGAUUGGAGGAUUUGAAUCACGUCUGACUCAGCGAUUAGACAUGAUGGUGGAAUCUUUGGUCUCCAGAAUUACACUUACUGAAAAAUUAAACAACGCAAUCUCUGAUGUGCACAAAAAUAUUGUGAAUGUCGAUGAAAUGUGGAGCAACUACCUCGCGUACUCGAAGAAUCUUACAAACUUCAGCAAUAAUACGAUAAAGGCUUUUAUCGAUUCGGCAACUAGAGCGCACGAUGGUCUCCAGAGUUGGCUUAGCCAGCUCUAUGGACUCUUCAUCCCAGGCAGGACAGGACCUAUUAUGGAGAGUUUAUUCACGACAAUGCUGAAGCUCGAAGGCGAAACUGCAUUGCUGAUUUGCGAUGGAGGCCUUUCACCUCAACAAGAACUCUACCAAAUGUAUCACAUGGCUGCUCUCACGGAAUUGAGAGGAUUUAUCAUGGCUGUCUCUGCAUACGGAUUACAGUCAACGUUCGAUGGAGAGAAGUAUCAGGGAGAAGUGGAUAUCAUAGAGACGCGAUUGGUAUCGAGAAUACAGGAUUAUAUAUUAGCGGUGACAGCAGCAAUGAAAGUGGCUUCGAACACCAUUCGCCGCUGCGACCCCAAGGGCGGACACAGAGAAGGCCAUACGUACAUCCAGCUGCAUCGACUCUUCCAAUCUUAUCUCGUCAAUGAAGCAGAUAUAGAUCCUCAAGAAAAAUGUAUGUUCGAUUGCACUCUGCAGGAGCCCGUAGGGAAGAAUCGAAGGAGGGUAAAUUAUCCCCAUACAUACCGUGAUCAACCAAACUGCAAUGGUGCUGUUACAUAUUGCGUUCCUGCUACUAGGAAACUGGACAUUUGUAUCGAGAAUGGUGGCUUUCCAAAUAGAUAUAAAUGGAUUAAGCAGGCGGAUGGAAAAGUCUGGGGAAAUGACAGCGAAUGUCAUGGAUUCCAGCAAACACUAUCAUCGUGGCCACGCGGUUUGUUCUCCUGUGACUAUUGUCUUUGCAAUUGCGAGGCUCUUAGGACAGGCGAUCCAACAGUGGCGAUUAUCAAUUUCCUCCCUUCAGAGGCGAACAUACAAAAUAACAUGGUGGUCGUGGGCGUUCAAAUUGUCAAGAAAGAAAGCGUAAUUCAUAUUCAAAUUAAGGAAGGAAAACUUCAACCAGAAGGAAUGAUUUUGAAGGGAAGUGAAAGAUGGGUGCCUCUCAAAGAUUUAAACCAUCUACAAUCGGGUACAUAUUCCCACGGAGGAAGGAAUGGUGGCUUUCCAAAUAGAUAUAAAUGGAUUAAGCAGGCGGAUGGAAAAGUCUGGGGAAAUGACAGCGAAUGUCAUGGAUUCCAGCAAACACUAUCAUCGUGGCCACGCGGGGUUCGAUUCCGGCACUCAAGAGAUCCAUCGAUAGAGAAGUAUAAUCCGAUUCGUCUCGAGGUUUUGUCCAUACCGUUUGAUUAUGCCGCAGGGAAUUUGUCAUUAAAAGAAUCUGCCAGAUGGAUAAGUGCCGAACCCCCACGAGCCAGGGAGGAACUCACGUUUGACCAUCCAGGUCAUCCUGGCAAUAAUUUCCAAAAUUUGCCAACGACGAAACCAAAUCUCUUCGUGCAGUUCCAAAAAACGGAUCUAAAGAAGGAUGCUGGACAAACUGCCAUUCCUUUUUGGGAUAUCCAACCAGUGGUCACAUCACCUAGUUCACCACUAGAAGGUGUUGGUCUAUUCCACAAAGGAGACAAGGAGCGAAAGUACGGAGGAUACCUGGCAUUGCGUCUCCACACUUACAAUUUUAUCGAUCACAUUAGCGCUAACCUGCCGGAAACGUUGAAACAUAAAUACCAGAAUGUCUUGUCAAAGCUCUUGGGAUCUCCAAUGGGCAUCUUUUGA